UCCCACCUCAAUCAGGAAGAAAAGGUGGCAAUAUUGAAAGUGUACAUUCCACCCAAAAUGACACAAAGGUGGUUAGCGAGUGAAAGUUUGCGGGAAGAGAGUGAGACCUCUCGCGGCUGUGUCACCUCUGUGCGUCCAUAUGGCAAAGUCUUUGUCUGCUAGCAUCUGGCCAGCUAGCAUCCUCUCCUCCUACAAGGUAGUUGGAUGAUGUGUGCUGAUGGACAUGGAGACUCCUGAGUACUUGGACCUGGACCAGAUUGACUUCUCUGACGACACUGUGUAUUGUGUCAGCUCUCUGAAGAACAUUCCACAACUAUCCAGGAGGAAUGAUGCUCAGGCUGAGGAGAGACCUGCUGCAUCCUCCAUCAGCUGGAGUCGUGGCGCGGCGUCCCACCCGGGUGGUGGGGGCAUCAAACCCACGGGCCUGGCUGACGUUCACAGUAAAUUCCGUCCGGUGAAGAGGGUCUCGCCUCUCAAGCACCAGCCCGAGACGCCUGAGUCGGACAGCGAGGGGAAAGUCCAAGUCCAAGGUCAGGAGCCCGUAGCGGGGGAGGCGGCCAAAGACAAGCCGCCUCCCCCCGCCUCCUCGGGAGGCAAGGUGAAGGUGGUGGAUGGCAGCGCAGUGUUUGGGGAGCUGGAGCACUACGACCUGGACAUGGAUGAGAUCCUGGACGUGCCCUACAUCAAGUCCAGCCAGCACUCGUCCACGCUGCCUCGCCCCCCCCCCGCACGCUGCAACCUGCAGGGAGGAACCCUGGAGAGGAACCACAGAGCCUCCUUGGCCCACACCUCGUUCUCUCCUCACCUGAGGAAGUCCAAGUCCAUGGAUCCUGACGCCCUGCAUCUCCACCGCUCACCUGGAGGAGCAGCCUUCCAGCAGGAGGCCCUCAGCUGCUCCUCCUCCUCCUCCUUCUGUGAUGGAGACCAGCUGCUGUCUGCGAGGGUCUACCCAGAAGCUCCCAACCAGAGGUCAGGCAUGGAGCCGGCGGGGGGGGCCUUCCCCCUGCUGGGGGGCAGCCUCGCCAAGCCUCGGACCACGGCGCCGGGAGGAGGGGGGAGGGCAGCGGAGGUGGACGAGGAGAGCAAGAAGAAGCAGAACAUCAUCAACAUCGUCCGAGAGGGUCAGAUCUCUCUCCUGCCUCACCUGGCGGCCGACAACCUGGCGCAGAUCCGAGACCAGGACGGGAACAACCUGCUGCACGUGUCGGCCUCUCAAGGCCACGCCGAGUGUCUGCAGCACCUCACCUCUCUGAUGGGCGAGGACGGCCUCAACGAACGCAACGCACAGCAGCUCACGCCCGCCGGCCUCGGCGUCAAGAAUGGACACCUGGAGUGUGUGAGGUGGAUGGUGAGCGAGACGGAGGCCAUCGCCGAGCUGAGCUGCACCAGAGAACACCCCAGCCUCAUCCACUACGCCGCACGCUACGGACAGGAGAAGGUGCUGCUGUGGCUGCUUCAGUUCAUGCAGGAACAGGCCAUCUCUCUGGAUGAGGUGGACCAACACGGCAACACAGGUGUUCACGUGGCAGCACAGUAUGGACACCUGACGUGUAUACAGACCCUGGUGGAGUACGGUUCCAACGUGACAGUGAACAACCAGCAGGGUGAGCGUCCCUCUCAGGUGUCAGAGCGCCAAGGUCACAGCACCUGUGCACGGUACCUGGUGGUGGUGGAAACAUGCAUGUCACUCGCCUCGCAGGUCGUCAAACUCACCAAGCAGCUCAGCGAGCAGGCAGUGGAAAAGGUGACACUACAAAAACAACUACACAGACUGGACAACACCAAGUCACAUGGGACACCAGCCAGCGGGGGUCAGCAGCACCCGGUGGAGUCGUGGCCAGAGAUGACGCUGACGGCGGAGGGGACGCCCGCCGACGGCCUGUGGUUGGUCCGUCAGGGAGGGGCGGGGCCGGACACUGUGGCCCGUCACAUGGCGCCUCCCACUGCGAGUAGGGACGGCCCCCGUGGGAGCGCCAUGGCGGAGAAGCGGGCCCGCCUCCAGCAGAUCAUGCAGCGCUCGCUCAGUGAGUCCGACUCCGACGCCUGUCCGCCGGAAGCCCCGCCUACUCACGCCUCGCGACCCGAUAGGCCCACCCACCUGCCCAUCGCAGAUGAGGAGCCCGCGUCCAAGCACCUGCAGCUGGUGACCACCACCCUUAGCCCCUCCCCCACCUCCAGCGACCCCGAGGCGACGGACACCCCAGGCGAGGCGGACGGCGGCCCCAAAGCGGCCACCAGCCCCAAAAGCGCCCUCAAGUCCCCGUCGUCCCGCAGGAAGACGGCGCACAACCUGAAGCUGCGGGUCACCUUUGACGAGCACGUGCAGCGCAGCCAGGGGGCGGAGCCUAGCAGAGGCAAGGACAGGACACCGCCGGCAAACUGGGAGGCCAAGCGGCCCUUCGGGGCCUUCCGCUCCAUCAUGGAGAGUCUGAGCGGCAACGCCAACUCUCCCGCCAAGAGGGCGGAGGGCGGGGCCACCAAGGCCAAGACCAGGAGCAGCCAUGUUUGAUCACAUGACCUCCACUUGACUUCUAGCACAAGUAAGUCUUCUGGUCAUGUGACCUGCCAGCUGACAUCAUCAGGGGUGUCCAAAGUUGUAAGAUGAUGACGUCAUAGAGGUGGAUGUCAACAAAUGAAUAAGAAUCAUUGACUUAAGUUUCACACUUUUAGGACUAGGGGCCUUCUAGGG